CCAAGAGAGAGGAGAGGAGAGGGGAGCCAGAGAGAGGGGCGCAAGGUUACAUUGCAAGCUCUUUGCAAAAAUGGGGGACGACCGACCUUUUGUGUGCAAUGCUCCUGGCUGUGGACAGAGGUUUACCAAUGAGGACCACUUGGCUGUACAUAAACACAAGCAUGAAAUGACGCUGAAAUUUGGACCAGCCAGGACAGACUCAGUCAUUAUUGCAGACCAGACACCUACUCCCACUCGCUUCCUAAAGAACUGCGAGGAGGUUGGUCUGUUCAACGAGCUGGCCAGCUCCUUCGAACAAGACGAAGAUGACAAGAAAGCAAAGAACUCUCUUCCUGCACCCAACUCCGUGGCUUUGGACAUGAGCCUGCAGACGACAUCAGACGUGAAGGUGAAAAAGGAGGCACCAGUAGAUGUCGACUCCUCGCCACCAGACAGCCCUGAAUCUAUCUCUGGAAGGUCAGACAACAGCAGAGAGCCUCUGGCUAAAGGAAAGGACACACCACCCAGAAGUUCAGCCCCCACCCCAACGAUUGUGCGUCCAGGCUCCCUCCCACUACACUUGGGCUUUGAUGCCCUUCAGCCCACCAUGCCGUCACCCACCUCUGUCAUCACACAGGCACCACCUUCCAAUCGUACUCUAGGUUCGCCAACCAGCCACUACCCCAUGAUGAUGCUUCCCUCUGGUCAGGCAGUGCCUGUGCUACCUGGUCCCAUGCAGAUGCCCUCUGUCAUUAAUCUGGCCCGACCCAUGUGCAUGGUACCCAACAUUCCUGGGAUCCCCGGUCCUCCUCUGGGAGGUAGCAGCAGCGGCUCUAACUCCCCCUCUGGCUACAGCAUUCACUCAGAGGCCAAGAUGCGUCUGAAGGCUGCGCUGUCCCAGCAGAGCCCAUCAGGAAAUGCUAUGGGGCUCAUGGCCAUGGGCAGCAGCCCCAUGGUACCUCAGAAGGCAGAGCAGAGCCAGCUGCUUGUCCAACAGCCAGACGCUCCAUCACCUGCACAACCUCAGGUAUCUCCAGCACAGCCUACAGGUGGGCGUCGGCGGCGGACGGUAGAUGAUGACCCAGAUGAGCGAAGGCAGCGCUUCCUCGAGAGGAAUCGGGCCGCGGCAUCGCGCUGCAGACAGAAACGCAAACUGUGGGUCAGUUCCUUAGAGAAGAAGGCUGAGGAGCUCUGCACCCUGAACGUCUCACUGUCGAAUGAAGUGUCUCUGUUGCGAAACGAGGUGGCUCAUUUGAAGCAGCUGCUUCUGGCCCACAAGGACUGUCCUGUGACCACCCUACAAAAGAAAACUGCCUACUUAGCUGCAGAAGAGAGCAUGAAAGACACCUCAGAGACCACAGGUUCCCCUGCCCCGGUGAUCCAGCACAGCUCUUUGGCGCCCAGCCCCUCUGCGGGCCAGAACGGCCUGAGCUCAAGGGCAGCAGCUGAAGCCAUGGCUAUGUCUGUGCUGGCAGGGAUGGGCCAGCAGCAGAGGGCUGAGAGCGGACCCUCUCACAUUAUCAUGGCUGCACAGUCUCAAUCUGCUGCCAGAUGAUGAGCGAUUCCACCACGGCCCAGAAUUGGCUCACACUUGUCACCCAGGAGUGAAAAAGAGCAGCGGACCCCCACUCCAACUUCCCCAAUCUAGAAGUCAAAAUUUCUUAUCUUCCUCUUCCCCAUUCGCCAUGUUCCUCUGCUCUCUCUGACCCUCCUGUAGAGCCAUCGUGCUGUGGCCUGGAGCUCAGCAGCAGCCUUCUGGGAAUGGACUGAGACUUUUGAGAGCGCUUCCUGUUCACUUUGCCAUAGACUACAGGGGCUGGACUCCAACCUCCCAUCCUCGUUUCCCCUCUGCUUCCCCGCUCAUCUCUCCCCACCCUCAGACAAAACGACUUUUCACUGGACUGUAGGACUGCAUUGCUCUGAGUGUACUGCCGCAAUGAACCAGACACGUGCACAGUUUCUAACACGCAGGUGUUGCAUAAAUGUUCUUGAUCAAAUCAUAUACCAAACAACACGCAGGGCUUCACACUGUUUUCAGCAGGGAAUAGUGCCUUGUGCUCCUCGACUUUUUAGCCAUGCACACACCCACACACGCCAUCACAGCACACGUCCCUAUACAUCCUUAGCUCCAAAGAUGCAGUCGUUGUCUAGACGUCAGUGAGUCAGAUCUCAAAUAUUCACCCAGAACCUUUUGUAAAUGGCUCAACCUCAAGGUGAUCUCAACAUGGACCCAAAAACCUUACCUCAUUUACACCCCUUUAUGAUAAGAUUGAUAACUGUGUGUGUGAUUGGCUCUGUGUGUAUAUAUUUAUGUACAUCAGAACAUAGCAGUUUGCUUACUCCUGAUCUGAUACGUUAAUAGCUGGAUUGUUAGCAUGUGACUUUUUCCGUUAGAGUGUUAUGUUCUUGAUACAGUAUGUGCAGCUAUAUUUUUUUUAUUAAUUGGCACAUCCUCCCUGAUUAGUCCACAGAACCAAAAUGCGUUGGAUUGAGAGAGUUUUACCUUAAAAUUAGUUUGUUUGAGCAAUAGCUUUUUCUGACCUGAAGGGAAUUGAACGUCUCCCCUCCUCCUCACUUCUCUCCUCUAAAACAGACAGUUUUGCUGUUUAUUGGUUUGUAAGUGGAUGCCUUUUCCAUUUUACACGAAACUAUUCUUGUGACUAUUUUUCUUUGUGUGGGCUCUGGACUUACUGUAACUGUUAUUUUCACACUUCUCAGGAUGGUUGCACAUCCUUGCUGCUCGUUGGAAGUGCGAUGAACCCCUUGGUCUGUUUGCUCUUUACCAAACCUAAAGUAAGCCAUAAUGACAACAAAUCAGAUCUCUGAAUCUCCAAAGACCACCUGGUACUUGUUCUUGGACAGGAAGUAAACAGCCUGACUGUUAUUUAGUGAUUCAGAGAUCACGGUGACACAAUCUACAGUUUAUCACUGCUUGUUACUUGCACUCGCUUGUCACACACAGUCUCACACACAAUGUCUGAUAAUUUUGCCUUAAGAUCACAUUGGUGCCUCCGGUAUCCCAACUUAAAUAUACGCAGAUAUGCUCAUGUGAAAAACAGAGGAGCCUUAGAAAAAUACAUUUGUCUUUCAUCAAAUAAACACAACCAAUGAGGAACAAAAGGUUACUGGUUCCUCAAAGCCUUUAAAAUGAAUGGUUAAUUGAACGUUAGUGUCUCUUCAGUCACAUAGAAUGAUACAACACUUGUCUGUCAUCUGGUGGAGAGACACAGCAAAGACAUCUUCACUGGCGAGGGAGGAAAAAGUAAAGAUGUCUUGUAACUGUUUCUGAAUGACUCCAGCUUCUUUAGAAAUCCCACCAAGGUAUUUUACCAAGAUAGCAGUAUAUUUGUACACCUUAACAAGCAGUUUGCUUUUCUUAUUUUUCCCGUAAAUCCCGCCCCCCUUGUCCCAUGUGAGCAGAUAUUUGCAAGAUGUGACAUUUCAAAAACAAGAUAUCUGUCCAUUAACACAAGGGCAUGUCUUUAUGCACUAAAAUAAUGCAAGUUUAUUGUUGCUUUGUAUUUCUGUUCAUUUUUAGUUUGUGCAGUUCUCAUGGUCUUUUUUCAGAGAUAUCAGAUCCUUUUUUAAAAAAUAUUUUCUCUUAUCUGUACUGUAUACAUGAAUGGGAAUUUUCUCAGCAACUUUAAUACCUUUCACCUUUGACUGAACCUCUUGUCCUACAGUCCCAAUGGCGACCCCAGCAUUUAGUUGUACUUUGGAGCUGGCGCUAUAUUAGGCUGGCAGUCCCUUAUAGACGAUUGUUCGUAUGAAAUGAAAAUUCAAACUAUAUUUAGCUUUCAUGUCUUCAUGUAAUUCAUGUCAUUGGCACCUUUUCUGUCACUUCUUAUUCUCUUUUGUUGUGUGCUAUUUUCAGCACUACACAACCUUUUGUCAUAACCUUUCUGACUGUACUGAUUAAUAUAGAAACUAAUUUCUUUAACUCACAGAUUUCUUUUUUGUUUGUUCUCUCUACAUAAAAAUGCCAUUAGUCCUUUUUCAAGAAGAGAUUAUAUCCCAUGUUAUAUCUUUCAAGAUGAAAAUUGCGAUGUGUUUUGACUGCCCUUGUCUAACUUAUUUUUUUUAAUUGGUCAACUAACAAUCGUUGUUAUGGUCUUUGGCAUAUUAAUGUUACCUAGAACUGUUGUGAAAAGAGCAAUUUGAUGAAAAAUGCAACAAUGUGAAAGUUGCACAUAGUGUAUUAAUGGUUUUUCACACUCCCAUUGUUGGACUGAUGAUUUCAAAAAUUGUCCUUGUACUGUACAUAUCUGUACUAUAUGAAUAUAUUUACUUUUCCAUGCAUGUCCAAGUGGAAUACUAUGAACACUUACAGUGCUGCAGUUUUAAUUAAAGAAACUACAUCUUAAUGGA